AUGAUAAAAAUUAAAAAAAAUAAAGAUUUCAUAGGAACACUUAGAAAUAUUUUAGAAGUAGAUUUAUUUUUAAUAUAGAAUGAAGAAUAUUAAGGGAUAAUAUAAUUGUUGAAAGAAAAAAAUGGUUUUAAAAUAUUGGAUCAGGAAUAAUUUAAAUCUGUUAUUUUAGUUAAGCAUUUCACACAUAAUAAUUACUCAAGUUUUAGAAGGUUUGCUAUUUAUUAAUACUUUAGAUAACUUAAUUUAUAUGGGUUUUAAUCUCGUAAGUCUAAUAAAAACGAAAUCCUUUAUACAAAUGAAUCAUUCAAUUUUGAAACAGAUAAAAAACUGAAGAAAUAGCGUAAAUCAGAAAUAUGUUCUGAAAAUAUUGAAUUAGAGUAAAAAAGAUAAUUGAAUUAACUCUUAUAACUUUAAUAAAAUUAGAAACAAAUGAUAGAAUAAAUAAAAACAAUAAUAACCACUUAAGAAGAAACAAAAUAAAAAAUGAAAUGUUAAUUAUCUGUAAAAAUAUAAAUUAUAUUAGAAUUAUGUAAAACAAAGAUUCAAAUCAGAUGAAAGAGAUAAAUUCCUUUUUCUCGCAUUAUCAUUAUACACUAACAUUAAAGAUUAAAAAUUUAGUAAACAUUUUAAGUUAAUUAGAAUAAUAUAUUGA